CUUAUCCCUCUCCCCUAAUCUAAUCUUUCUGAAUAACAGCCUAGCAAGUUAUAGGACUGCUGAAUUUGUUAUGUCAUUGAAAAAAAAAGAGCAGAAAAAAGAACUUUAUUGAUAUGGAAUUUAGAUAUGUUGAAAGCGACAUUACUGAAACCUUAUCCCAAUACUUAAUAUGAGAUUUCUAUGCUGCAGUAAAUUGAGCAGUGAGUAUGAAAGAAAACAGGCAGCCAUUAAUGGAAUCUGCAUUGGAUUUUAAGCUGCUCAGGAUGGUGAUUAUUCUUCUUCUUUUAAGCAUGUUGAGUUUGGAAGGCAUUAAAGAUGUUGAGGCAAGACAUGUGAAAUUUUCUGGGCACACACACUUUUCCCAGCUGCAGAAGAAAACUGUAAAGGUUGUGAAAGAUAUCAGGGCACAGAAGUUAUUGGGAUCAAGACCACCUAAUUGUAGUUUUAAAUGCUUUGGGUGCAAUCCAUGCAUACCCAUUUUAGUUAUAGUUGGUCCCCCAAAAGGAAGUUCUCAAGAAGAUAGCAAAGCAGUUAAUAUCAGUCUUGAUGCUGAUUACUAUCCCCAGAAAUGGAUGUGCAGUUGUGGCAACCAGACAUACCCACCAAGGAGGAAGUAAUGCAAAUUUGAUUCAAAAUAGUUUUUGAUUCACACUGAUAACUGUAAAUGUAAUUCUAUAUGCUUCCCCAUGAUA